UUUCAUAUUGAGGUUUUGAGGUAUGAUCUAGUAUGUGUAUAGAAUUAUCACUUGACUUAUGGUUGUGAAAGUUUUACCCGUGCAUAUUUUAAUGUCAACUCGAUAAUGAAAUUGUUUUAAAUUAUUGAUCUGGUAGGCUGUACGGACUUCGAAACUGAAGAAAAGUUGUCCAACAGGUUUGGAUUGAAAUAGAGUCUAGUCUUGAACUGCGAUGGCAGAAUUCACUUCUCAAUUGUACGAUAUUCUUCAACCGACUCCAGUAUCUCUGAAACAACUAUCAGCGAUCGUCAUAAGUGCUGAAAUAUGGCGUUGCGAAGUAGACAAAUAUCGUUCGGGCAAUACGCUGAAGGAAUUUCGUCCAUCGGGAAAACUUAUCUCAUCGAAAACUACGCUCAUUCCCGAUUUACCAUCUGUGAUUUAUCCCAUGAUUGAUGUGUAUGUGAAAAUAUUCGGAGAUUCGAUGAAGGGCUGGCUAUGGAGACAUUACGGAGAAGUAUUUAAAUUUGGAUACGACCAUGAAACCAGUGUGUUGGAAUACUUUGAAGAUUUCGUGUGCGAUUACGACGGAUCCAUUCAUUACGCGAAAACUGCCCAACGUAUGAUGCUUUGUGAUCGAUUUGAUCAAGGUCAAAUAUUUCUAAUCGCUUGUACGUAUUGCUUCGAAGAUCAUAUCAGACAAUUUUAUCCAGUUGUAUCGAGUGAGUCGAUCUUGCCGAGUAAUGCCACUGAUAACCUGCUGCUCAUCUACUGGAAAGUUGUUAUGGAAACUCGCAUUCAGGCAAGCCGUAGUACCGUAGAAAUUAUGGUUGAUUGUUGCAUGCCUCACAGUGGGCUAUCUUUGGAAUAUUUUUGGAAUCGUGUUCCACCUGAAAAGCGUUUGCAAAAAGCUAUUGAUCUUUUUGUCAGUGAUUUACGAUCGUUUGUUCGAUACAUUUUACCAAAAUUGAACCGUCAGCAGCUCGAUGAAUUUCUUAAAGAGAAAGGUUGCGAAUUGAUGUAUGCUCUGUUGGAAAAUUCUACUUAUGAUGAAGAGUUUGUCUUACGUACGUGGCUACACGUUAGAAAUGCGAUGAGCGAGAAUGUUUUUACAAAUCUGCUCGUGAAAAUAUUGCAAAUUGAGUUUAUGGGUUUCUUCGUGAGUUCCGAAUUUUUUCAUUUAUGUUUUGAAAUAUGGAACAGUGCUCCGGAAAGCCUGAAACGUUUGGCUACUAAAGCAAUCGCAUCAAAUGAGAAAGUAUAUGAAGACUUGACCAUCUUGAUUUGCCAUCCGCCGCUCUGGAGAAAAUUAAAAUUCAUGCUGGCUAUUCUUUCAUAUGCCACUUACGAGGAGAGAAACGCAUUUUGGCGUAGUUGCUGGGAUUGUUUGAUAUAUAAGAUCCGAGGCGAAGAUUUGCACGAAAUCAUGAAGCAAUGUUUCCAAAACGAAGACGAGAUUAUUGAAUUUAAGAAAAACGUCAUGGCUGAUCACAACAGGGUCCUUGACUUAUGCGGAUUUCUCCUUCAAGAAAUGUAUUUAAACGACUUGAAUGAUUUCGUAAACUUUUUACUGCCCGAAAUUCAGCCAGCGAGAAACUUCAAACAACAAUUAUUACAGUCUACUUCUUUUGAUAAUCGAUGGCGUAAUUGUAGUGAAAAGUUCAUUCAGAAAUCGAAAGAAUUCGACGAAUUUAUCAGCGAAGCUUUCAACGAUGUUGAUGUAGCCAAGAAUUUUAAAAAUCACCUAGUGUCGUCACCUUUAAUCCAAAACCAAAUAUUGGACAUUGCUUUAUUUGUUCCUACAGAACAGCUCGUCAAAUUUACUGACUUAUUUGUUUCGAAUGAAGAAAUCCUGCUGCAGUUGAAAACACGUAUAAUUGAUUUUUUGAAAGAAAACGCAAGAGAUACUGAUUAUAAAUCGAGACCUUCUUUCAUCUCAGUUCUAUCAUGGUGCUUGAAAAGCGACGAGGAAGUUACGAAAUUCAAGCUGACGUACCUUUGUGAUCCAUAGUUAAGUUAGACCCAUUUAAAAAGCACAUUUUCUUGAGUUUUUUCACGUUUUUUGCUCUGGAGUGGUCUUGUCGAGCAAUAUUUUUACGACGUUUUAUUACGUUCGAAUAGGAAUUCAUUUCAUUAUAAUCAUAGUUGUCAAUAUUGUACUUUUUUAAUUUUUUUAUUUGAUGACGUUAUUUUCUGCUGUUUUGUAAAGGAUGCAUUGUAUGUGAAUACAUGAUCAAUGUUAA